AUGACCAGACCUCCGCUUCCGUCCUCUCUCAUCAACACCCUCGCCUCGCAUACAGGCCCCAUCAACGCCCUGACCUUCUCCUCCCUCGGCGGCACCUACAUCCUCACGGGCAGCUCCGACCGCCAAGUCCACCUCUCGCGCACAGAGCCCUCGGCCUCCAGCUCCAGCUCCGCACAGCCGUCGAGACCUAUCCAAAAGUACGCAGCGCAUGGAUACCCGAUCUUGGACAUCGCAGUCUCGGCGGACAACCAGACCUUUGCGAGUGUCGGCGGCGAUCGAAGUGUCUUCCUGUGGGAUGUGCAGAACAACGAGGGCACGAGUCGGAGGUUCGGCAGUAAUACUUCCCAAGGCCACACCAGUCGCAUAACCUGCGUUGCCUUUGCGGGGGAGGGGGAUACCGUGCUGGUGAGUGGGAGUGACGACACCAGUGUACGCAUGUGGGAUGUCAAGUCCCGCGACGGACGGCCGCUGAUGGUCCUUGAAGAGGCAAAGGAUGGGAUCUCAGCAUUGGUCGUCCCGGACGCUGGCUACGAGGUUGUCGCGGGUAGUAUUGACGGACGGGUCCGCGCUUACGACAUCCGCACCGGAAAGGUCACGGUGGAUGUGAUGCCCGGAGCGGUCACGAGCUUGGACAUCAGCGGGGAUGGGAAGACGCUGCUUGUAGGAUGUCUAGACGGACGGAUCAGGAUGAUGGACCGCAGUGACGGGACUUGUCUAAGGGCAUUUCCUCCAGAAGGUGAGGCGGGAUACAAGAAUGAGAGCCUGAGGCUGAAGAGUUGUUUCGGCAUGAAUGGCGGGCUGGUGCUCAGUGGGAGUGAGACCGAUGGCGACGUCAGGGCUUGGGACGUGCUGAGCGGAAACAACGUCGGACGCGUGCAACUCAGUCCUACCGGUAAGGUCAUCAGCGUGGUCAAAUGGCGCGAAGGAAGUCAGGCGCAAGGAAGGCAAGCUCUAUGGGCCGGAGGCGGUGCUGACGGUACGGUCAAGAUAUAUGCUGAGGGAUGA